GCCGUCUCCGGAUUUUUGGCAAAAUAUGAAUCAGCAUCAUUCAAUAACUAAUUUGGCAUUACUAUUGCCAAUUGUUUAUAAUACAUAUGUAUAUCUUUCUGUCAAACCCCAACGGCAAAUCUCAGACCAAAUGAUAUGGAGCUGUUACCAAAAUCCCUCGCCAUAACAAUCUUUAUCUUUUUAACCAUCCGAUUUUCGUACUGUGAAGGCGAUAAUUCCGAGCAGUACUACUUCACAAUUUGCAGUACCAAUAAGCAGCUUAGCUGUGGAGACUUCAAAAACCUUCCAUACCCUUUUUGGGGAGAAUCCAGGCCCGAAUUCUGCGGUCUCCGGGACUUCAAAAUUCAUUGCGGAGACAAUUAUCACCACCCGGUCAUCCAAAUCAACGGCCUAGACUACCUCAUUCUCAACGUCAGCCAGUCAAACGAUACAGAUUCCAUGACACUAGCGAGAUCAGAUCUCUGGGAUGGUCCUUGCUCUCCGAAAUAUGUCAACACCACUCUGGAUCACAAUCUCUUCCGGUUCGCUCCAACGGUUGGGAAUCUAACUUUGAUCUACAAAUGCCAAAAGCAACUUCAUCAAGAGUUUGUUUCACACGGAUAUAGUAAUUUCACGUGCGGGGGUGAUGGCGGGAAUGUUGAGACUGUUUAUUAUGCAAACGAUUCUUUGGUGAGCAAUUUGGGAGGGAGUUUGAGGGCGUGUGGGAACGUGAUUAGAGUUUCGAUUUCGAAGAGUACCACGGGUUUAGUAGGAGUAAAGGAGGCUUUGAAAGAAGGGUUUGAUGUCGAGUAUGAUCAUCGGUUUAGGAUGGCGUGCGGAGCGUGCGAGCGAUCGGGCGGGAAAUGCGGGUCGAAUGUUACCACCAGCCGAUUUCUCUGCUUCUGCCGUGCUGGAUCGGCUGAGGAUUCUGUGUGUCCUUCUCAUUCUGGUAGUAGUUUGAUGCAUGUUCUGAGGAUUGUACUCGGAAUUGGAUUAUUCUCAGCUUUCGUGAUUUGCUGUUUCAAGAAUAAGGUAUUAGCCCUUAUGUCGACCAAGUUUUGGGCAAAUCUCACGGACAAAAAUGAUCAAGGCCUUGAAGACUUCAUUAGAAGUUAUGCAUAUCUCAAUGUUCAAAGAUAUGCAUUCUCAGAUCUCAAGAAAAUGACCAAAUCUUUCAAAGAAAAACUGGGCCAAGGAGGCUAUGGUGAAGUGUACAAAGGAAAGCUUCUUGAUGGUGAACGCCUCGUGGCUGUUAAGGUCCUCAACGCGUCGAAAGGGAAUGGAGAAGAUUUUAUUAAUGAGGUUGCCAGCAUCAGCAGAACUUCUCACAUAAAUAUUGUGACACUUUUGGGAUUUUGUUUAGAAGGUAGCAAAAGAGCACUUGUUUUCGAGUUUGUGUCUAACGGAUCAUUGGAGAAGUUCAUUCAAAAUGAUAAUCGCUCGGAAACUACUCCGUCUUUGGAGUGGCAUGAACUGCUUCAGAUUGGCAUUGGGAUAGCUCGAGGGCUCGAGUACUUGCACCGAGGCUGCAACACUCGAAUUUUGCACUUUGACAUAAAACCACAUAACAUCCUCUUAGAUGAAGAUCUUUGCCCGAAGAUUACAGAUUUUGGGCUUGCUAAGCUCUGUCCGAGGAAAGAGAGUAUCAUAUCGACAUUGGAUGGCGCUAGAGGGACAAUAGGAUACAUAGCCCCAGAAGUUUGCAGUAGAAACUUUGGAGGAGUUUCUCACAAGUCUGAUGUUUAUAGCUACGGGAUGAUGAUCCUUGAGAUGGUCGGAGGGAUAAAGAGCAUUAGAGAAGCGGAGACCGAAUGUACUCAGAAGAGCGGAGGGUAUUUUCCUGAUUAUAUCUAUAAACAUCUCGAAGCAGAUAGCAAUUUAACACCGCGUGGUGUUGAAACGGAUGAGGAAAAUGAAAUUGCAAGAAAGAUGAUUAUAGUGGGCUUGUGGUGCAUACAGACAAUGCCAUCAGAUAGACCAUCCAUGACCAAAGUAAUAGAGAUGUUGGAAGGAAGUUUAGAAACUUUGCACAUCCCACCAAAGUCUUUCAUGUCUACGCCAAUUACAUCAUCACCAGAAUUACAGCUAACAAACUCUUCUUUCUCAUCGUCAGCAGUAUCCAACUAGAAUAGACCACUUUUUGGGUAAAGAAGAUCUAGAUAUCUCCCAUUGAAAGAUUUAAUAAGUUCUUUUUUUUUUUGUUAAAGCAUUUUAUACCGCCAGCACUACGAAUUGAGGUUUAGAAGACCUACAAACUUAGAACUAAAACUUCAAGUAAUCAGCCUACAAAGUACAAACUGCUUGCUUCUCGUUGCUUUUUAUU